AUGAUGUUCAUGUUGGCACUGGUGCACCUGACUUUGUCUUUACAUCCGAGAUUCAAUCUUCUCGACUUUUUCUUCGCAAGGAGAGUUUAUGCCUUGGACGUCAGAGGUGAAAUUCCAGAUGAAUUAUGGACUCUUACCUUCCUCGAUAAUCUAACCUUUGGCAUCAAUGCUUUGUCAGGGGAGAUUCCAAAGGAACUUGGGUUGUUGACUGAGUUACAAUCAUUAAGUUUUGGCACAAAUAACUUCUCUGGACCUCUGCCUUCAGAGCUUGAAGACUUAACAAAACUGACACAAAUCUUUUUUUCUGGAAAAAAAACUAUUUUGUUGCUUAGUUAUAUCAAUAGCGCUGGUGUUAGUGGACUAAUACCAUUGACAUUCGCAAAACUGCAGAGCUUGGAUACUGUGUGGGCUUCAGAUAAUGCUUUUACAGGGAGGAUUCCUGGUUUCAUUGGAAAUAAUUGGUCAAACAUUACCGCACUGAGGUUCGAAGGAAAUGCUUUUGAGGGUCCAAUACCAGCUUCCUUUUCCAACUUAACUUCCUUGACCGACCUAGAUUUGAGCUUCAAUAAUUUGACCGGGCGUGUUCCAGAUGUACUUUUCAAUCUGACUUUGCUGACUCACCUGUUUCUUGGCGAUAACAAGUUAACAGGAACCUUGUCAACUCUGAAGAGACAGUCUCUCCAGACUAUAGAUUUAUCAUACAAUGAGAUAUCUGGAAGCUUCCCUUCUUGGAUUAAUGGGCCAAAUCUGUAAUUGUACGUAUGCGAAUAACUUAAAUUUAUAUAAUGCUUUGCCUACUCUUUUUCUCCCUACCUUUUGGACCCAGUUUUGAUGGUGAUCAGCAUGCUAACACCGAUACGUGACAACUUGCAAAAAUUUAGUUGGCAACAACUUCACAAGAGAACAAAUAGAACAAUCAGAUAGCAGUUCUCUGCCUUCAGGGUUAGAUUGUCUUCAACGUAAUUUUCCUUGCAAUCGAGAAUCCCAUGAGAUAUUCCAGCUUUGCAAUUAAAUGUGGAGGACCUCUGAUAAUAUCUAGGUGAUCAUGACAUAGAAGAUGGCGGGAAUGAAAUUGAUGAACUAGAUUUGACCUAAGAGAUCAAUCGCACUGGCUUCAUGUUACACUAGCUGCUGAAAAAUUUGACCGAGUAGUUUCAAACAUCUUUUAUUUUUGAACAUUCGAAACUUGUGUAUGUUUUGAUUUUUUUGAAUGGUAAAAAAAUAGUUGGUUAUUUGCAUAUGACAUUUUGGGAAUUAAUAGUUACUAAUACUCUUGAUGAUUAAUAUAUAUGUACAUUUUAUGUGUUA